AUGCUCGCAAAGAAGGAUGCGGAGCACGUGAGGGAGCUAUCCUCCUCCUCCUCACGCCCCAGCCGCCGCAGAAGCCGACACUCCGGGGUCGGGGUUCGAGAACGAUCAGCACGAGUCUCCGGACAGCGAGUAAGGGUACCUGGUCGCCCGACCAGAACCAGACCCGAGCGUACGGCGCGUGCCAUACCUUCACGCCGUGAUAUUACGCAGAGGUACAAGGUAGCUGACUACAUCCAUCCAUGUUCGGAACUAAGUGACGAAUGUUUUACAAAAGCCACAUUGGACGCAAUCCCGGGAAUAGUAAAGGGUAUCCCGGAAGCCGGGAUCCCGUCAUUAGACCCUCUCUACUUGGACAAGAACAUCAGUAUGACGCUCCCUGGAAACCUGAAAAUGACCUUCCACAACGCUAAGCUCGUGGGAUUGAGUACCUGUAUACCCGAUAAAGUAUCAUCUCGUCGUAAGAAGCGUACGUUUGUGUUCGACAUGCACUGUAACUUCACGGUCAGUGGACAGUACAGCUUGCUGGGCAGGCUGCUCCUCUUCAACCUGGACACCGAAGGACAGGCCAAGAUCAAGAUCUGUGGUACUGGUAUCAACACUGCGCUUCACCCGCAACCCUUGCUGAAAAUCAGCCGUCGUAGGCCUCAUGUGGUGGUCUGCGUCUGCGACACUCUAGGCAUCAGGGAUCGAGAAACGAUCUCCGGCCACGAGGCGAGUAAGGGUAGCACAGAACCAGACCCGAGCGUACGGCACGUAGCGUUCCGCGCACGUAUCAAAGAGCUAAUAGACCACCACAGACGGGGUCCCAUAGGGCUGAUGUUCAAAUGGGUUUGCGAGGUAAGUGCAAUCAGGCACCGCGACCUCGGUCCAGAGCAGGAGAAGGAACGGGGGGGAUCUCGUCGUAAGAAGCGUACGUUUGUGUUCGACAUGCACUGUAACUUCACGGUCAGUGGACAGUACAGCUUGCUGGGCAGGCUGCUCCUCUUCAACCUGGACACCGAAGGACAGGCCAAGAUCAAGAUCUACAACCAGCGCAUUCGCCUAGAAGUGGUAGAAAGAGUGGUGCUAAACAAGAAUGGCGAGGGUCACUACAAGAUCAACUCAUACAAGUACAAGGCUGACUACGGAACGGACCUGAAGUUGAAUCUCACCAACCUUAUUAGAGGAAACCCACAGAUCAGUGCACAAGUGCUUCAAGUCCUAAACGCAGACUCGCAGACAUUAGCCAAAGACUUUGGCGGUCCCAUCCUAGACUACGCCAUAGACUAUGCUAUGAAUGUUACACAGAAAUUCUUUGACGCUUACACUUACGAUCAAAUAUCUUACGUGCCUCUGUCGGACGAAUUCUUCGAGAAGGAACAGGAAUGA